AUGAAUGUGGGCUCUGGCGGCGAGACUAAUGGCGAGGCGGGCCAGGCAGCCGCAGCGGUGGCGUCUUUUCCGCAGCUGACGCUUGAGGAGGAGGCUGAGCUGCUGACCAAGUACGGCGCCGAGGGACCCUGCGACGACGGCCUUGAAUGGGCAGCACCGAGUCAGUUUAAAUCGCAGAUGGGCGACGGCCAUGUCUUUCUUACGGGUGCGGCGUCCGACGACGACGACGUAGGCGAUAGCGCUGCCGCCGCAGACUCCUGCCGCCAUCGCGGUGCGACUGCACCCAGGCGUGGCCGCGAACAUGCACACAAGGACCCGCUUCGAUUGUAUCUCCACGAGAAGUUUCCUUCCCUCAUGCUGCUGGACAGGACUACACCAGCGUCGCUGAUGGAGACCGUUACGGACGCCCUAGACGCACUCGAGCACCUGAGCAAUGCCGAUGGGCUACAAAGAGAGCGAACAGAGGGCCACGUGUCAACGCUGUCACUUACCGGAUUCACGCGGUCUCCCGCGGUGGAGCGGCAUGCUGCCGUCUUGCGAAGCGGAAAGGAGUGGGCACGUCGUGCAAGUCUGGCCGUCCAGGGCGCGUCUAUCACUUCGAUGGCAUCGAAGUUGUUUGUGCCGGACACGCAUGACGCACCUUUGGCGUGCCGUGGUGAUCGUUCCCCCCUGAAAGCAGCCGGCGCCUCUGCAUGCACCGAGGAUAUGGAAUUUCACCGCCUGGUUGAAUCAACGGAGCAGCUGCUCGCCAAGGCAGCGGAGAUACUGAAGGCAUGUUCCACGGAGGCGUGUGACAAGGAAGCAGACGACAUAGCGCACGCUGUGCGCAAGCAGGAAGAGCGCGAGGCGUUGCUUAGCGAGGAUGCGCUAGAUGUGUAUUUCGACAGGAUGGAGGUGCUGAACGGAGACGAAGACGACGAGGAGGCAGUGCAGCUGCUUCGUCGUGCUCGCGAGGGACGUGUACGGCUCCGUGCCGCCCUAGCGCUGCGUACAGUGGACACGCCUGCAAGCGACAUCCGUGCGGGGUAUGAUGAAAUGGAGACGGCACCGCGCGCCGAAGAUGUCGACGCGGACGCGCCGUCCCUGUUUGCCCUAACGCCGGACCUUCCGUAUCUUUGCGCAUUUGAGAUGGAGCUGCCGCUUCCGCAGCCGGUAGCGGUUCAGCCGCUGCCUGGCAGCAACGGCGCUGUGGCGCGGGCAUCAGAGGCGCGUUCCAGGGUCCGCAGUGCAGCGCAUGCGGUGCCAGAGGCGGCGGGUCCGCCGACCGACUUUACAGCUGAGGAAGAGAAGUCCGUGUCGCUGUCGCAGCUGCUCACGAGAAGCACGGAGGUACUUUCGUUGAUCGCAGACGCGGAGCUUCGCGAUGCGCAGGCGCAGGUGGACGCCGCGGCGUCAAGAGAGGCGCACGUGCGAGUGCGUCGACCCGGUAGUCCUGCGCGAAGAGGAAUGGCGCAGACAACGCUGCAGAGCGACGACCGAAGCGCACUCGGCCUUGCAACUCUUCCGUCGUUUGUGCAGCAGCUCGACAUACUCCUCUCUCCCACACGAGAAGAGCAACAUUACCGUGGGGCAGCCCCAACGCGGUCGCUUCAGCCGGAUACCCAGGUAGGCCUCGAUGAUGGCCCCAACGCCGCUCUGGAGCAGCAAGGCCGAGGUAGCGGUGGUGCAGCUGAGUCCGUCUCGCUUGUGAACACUUCGCUAGAGCGAAUUCGCUGGCAGGCGGCACUAGAGUCUUUUCUUGUAGACCGCGAGGCAACUGAGGGCCACCGUAUGCGCAUCGAAGACGAGCUGGUGGAGCGCGAGAUUCGCGCCUGUGCCGAUCGGCUCACUUGGUACGCAGAGCAGCGCACUACGUUGGCGCAGUCUGCCGUGCAGGCGGCGGGGCACCUUUGCGAGACUGAGAAAGCCGCAUACGCCGAGCUCCUCGCGGCCGCCAACAAGGACAGAGCGCUGGCGCAGCAGUCACAGGAACUCCGACGCCUCCAAGAAGCGGAGAAGCUGGUGUACACGCUCAUCCUCGAGUAUGAGGUGCAACGGGAGAAGCUGUUACAAGAGGAGGCACUAUCGCUUCGGUUGUUGCGUCGCGACGCAGUCGAGGAAGAGCAGCGUGCUCGAAUCGCCACCCGGAAACGCGUGGAUGGCGAGAUGGCCGCUGCAAAGAAAGCCAUCGAGCAGCUUCGCGCCGUCUUUGAGCAGCAACGUGUAUGGCCAGAUCCACGGACACGGCAAGGCGAAGAUGACGCGCCUGCAGCCGACACCGCGGUGUCUCUAGAGGAGAACCCACUGCGCAAGAGCCAAUGGUAUGUUUGGCAGAUCGCGCCGUUGCUUAGGGAACGGGCCACAUUGCUGCGCUGGACCUCGACGCAACAAAAGGCGCUCGAGAGCGUCCGCAGUCUUCUUGUAGAGGCUGAGGGCCAUUACCGCGCUCAUGUCAAGGGUGCUGCUCAGAGUUUCAACAUCGAAACUCCAGCCUCUGUGGUGGUGCUCCCCGAGAACCCCCCUGUAGUGGAGAAGCGCGGUAUGCCCGCCGGGCAUGCCGCCGCAGAAGCUCGAGUGCUGGACGCCGACGCAUUUGUGAGGCUGCUCUGGCCGUCGCUCCACGCUGUGGUACGCAACCCACGGCGGGCACCCCAGCACCUGGCGAAGCUGGUGCUCUCCCUCGAAGACCUACAGCAGGUGGACUGGGGCCAGCUGCGUCAGCUCAGCCUCAGCGCUGCCCAAAGUGCAAGGACGCAGCGCGAACCCGAAGCCGCGGUUUCGGUCGCGCGUGUGGUGAAGGAGUUGGAUUUAAGUGGGAAUCCCUUGCAGCAGUUCGAUGUCGUGGAGGCUGUCCGCACCUUUUCCUCAUUGCAGUCGCUCAGCGUCUCUCAUGCGCAACUGCGUACCCUGGACGCAUCAGGCGCGACAGCCACGUCAGGCAAAGUGCACGCCGCGGGAUCGCCCGACCAGCGCCGUCUCUCUGACGCCAGCGCUGCCUCUUCUCGCUCCUCGCACCUGCGCCACGUGGCGGCGGCCCGCAACCACGCGCUGGCGGCGCAGGUUCAUCUGCUGUCUCUUAGCGUCUCCUCCAAUGAUCUCGCCUCGCUCACUCCGCUGGGUACGCUUGCCUCUUCCUCCCUGGUUCGCUGCACGGCCACGGAGAACAAGCUGACUACCCUUGAAUCCCUCAAUGGCUGCGUGCAGCUGCGCGAGCUGUCAGCAGCUCAUAACCGACUGACUGAUGUGCGAGCCGCCAGCACAAUGCCGCUGCUGCGCGAGCUGGAUGUGGGGAACAACGAACUCGCAACUGUGACUGCAAGAGCAGAUGGAGGCGGAGACGACGCUACAUCGUACUCGCCCAUGCUGCUCAGCAAGCUGUGUGCCUCGCACAAUCCACUGCGUGCGCUUCCCACGAGUCAGUACGUCUACCCCUGCUUAACGCAGCUGUUUGUAAACCACACCAAGCUCACCUCCCUUGGCGCUGCCGCCCUCGGGUGGUUUCCGAUGCUGACAGUGCUGCAGGCCGAGGCUAAUGAGAUCAGCGACAUUAGCGGAGUGCAGCACUGCCCGCGGCUGAGGUCUCUCCGGCUAUCGCACAAUCGGCUUGCGUCUCUAAGCGAGCUAGAGCCGCUGAGAUGCUGCACGCGGCUGCAGGUGCUUGAUCUCACGGGGAAUCCGUGUCUGGUCGAGGACUCCAACGAUGUCCAAAUUGCAGCGGCGGUGACUCGUGCACUAUACGAACUCGUGCCGUCUUUGGAGGUGCUGAACAACCGCCCUCGAGAACACGCGCGUGAGCUGCGACGAAUGCCGGAGUCCCACUCGCCAUCCACGCAUGCACCGACAACAGGGGCAGAGGUAGGCGACAAUGGGGACGGCGGAUGGCACGCCGACGCUGCUCUUGCUGUGUGCGUCACGUCGUCGUCGCGAUACCUCCCUGCCACCCCCAAGCUAUACCGAGAGGUCUUUGCCGCCCUGUGCUGGGAUGCGCAGCUGCAGCACGUGCUGGAGGAAAAGGAGCUGCGCGAGGCGUACGCACAGCGUCCGUUGAACCGCGCUAAGGGCUGGGAGCUCACCGCCUCUGACGCUGCUGCUGCUGUUGCUGCUGUUUGUGCGGAGUGCGACGGCGAUCAGCCACCGAGUAAUCGCGGUGCCGCAGCAGUUGCAGAUCUGAACGCGGUAACGGCGGCACAAAUUCACGUUCGCACAGCGGAGCACGAGCGUCACGUGGAACACUACCGGGUCGACGCCGCGGCGGUGUCUGAGUGGAUCAGCCUGUCUCCUCGUCCCUCUUCGGCGGCGCUGACUGUGUCUGCGGAGGGUGACCCGCUAGCAAACGCGCACGUGCGUAACUUCUCCUACAAGCAGCAGCAGCAAGACCACGUCGCCCUUCUCGCUCGCGCAUACCUUACGGAGUGGCUGCACGGCCGCGUACUCGUUCGACGAGCUCGCCUCGAGCUGGCCCGUCUGCGGCUCGCGCACCGGCAGUCCCGGGCGCGCCAGGAGGAGCUUGCCGUCCAGCGCAUCCAGCCGGUCUGGCGCGGCGCAGCGUUGCGCUCACGGCUGCGGCGUUUUUUGCACCCAGAGCGGGCCGGUAAAGGCGAGGAAAUCGAUGUCGAUGACUUUCCCAAGGUCGACGUGGAUGACUGGCUCAUCGGGAACGCCGAUGCUCUGGCACCGGUGGAGGUGCUCUUCCACGACGUGGUGGAAUCGGCGCGCGGUCUGGCCCCCGUGCCGUUCGACAUUUCGGAGAUGACGGCCUCGCACGCUGUGGCUGCAAUCAGUGGCGUAUCGCCACCACCAGUCUCCACUAGCCUCACCCCUGCACUCUCAAGGGACGCUUCGUCGCACAACGGGGUGGUCAGCGGCCACGCCGCACCGCUGCGCAUCGCUGGCGAGCCGCCGGGUGGUGACGUCGCGGUGGUCGGUAAGCUGAGGAGUAGCGGUUCGACCCUGGCUGAGCAGUGGGGUCCCCUUGCAGCGGCGCAGAUCCGAAAGAGGCGGCAAAAGCUUGCUCGCUCGCACCAGCAGCACAUGCGCGAGGAAUUCCUCCAGGACCCGCUGCGUGUAAAGCGGGAGGCGCGAGAGGAUCGUGCGCAGCAGCGGCCCAAGUAG